AUGCCCAUCAACACCUCCUCCCAAGACAGCGGCGUCACCGGCGCCGCCAAAUUCGUCACUUCCACCCUAGGCAACACCGUCGGAGGAGUCGCCCGCACAGCGGGCGGCGUGACUGGUGCCGCGGCGCGCGGAGUCGGCGAUACCAUCACCAGUGCAACGGGGAGUGCUGGGCAGCCGGUUGGAGAUGCGAUUGGAAGUGCGGGGACUGGAAUUGAGGAUGGGACGAAGAAGGUUGCUGGGGGUGUGGAAAAUGCGGGACAGUGGAAGUGA